CCCUAACCACCCCCACAAGCAAAGCACCCAAAACAAAAAAAAAAAUGCCCGCCCUCCUCGAAGACCCCCUCACCACCCUCCCCGCGCCGACCGCCGCGCAAACCGCCGCACCCACCCUCACCCCCAAAAAGGCCGUCCUCAAAGACAACACCACGCCGGUCACCCUGUACCCCAUCGCGGGGGGGCCGUCCACCGUCCCCGACAGUCUGAUCGCGUACCUGCACCGGGAAUUCAGCGCCGAGAUCGUCCGCGGCAGCACGUACCCGAUGGAGGAGCCGAUGACGCUGGAGCAGUACCGGAAUUACUGGUUUGGGACGUUUGCGGUGAUUGCUUUGGUUGAUGAUGAUGAUGAUGCCGACAGGGGGGGCCUGGUGGAGGGCCGGGAUUGGGAGCGCGUGUGCUUGGGGACGUUUUACGUGAAGCCGAAUUAUCCGGGUCGGUGUUCGCAUGUCUGCAACGCCGGGUUCUUUACGACUCCGGCGGCUCGAGGGCGCGGCGUGGGCAUGGUGAUGGGCCGGGCUUAUUUGGAGGUUGCGCCGGUGUUGGGCUACAAAUACUCCGUCUUCAACCUCGUCUUCGCCAACAACACCGCCUCCAUCAAGAUCUGGGAGAAGCUGGGCUUCCAGGUCAUCGGCCGCGUGCCCCGCGCCGCGCGCCUGGCUAACAGCGCGGAAUUGGUCGAUGCGUUGAUCAUUGGCCGGGAUUUGGUCUAAAGCACUUCUCCGACUCGCUGCACAUAACUAUACCCCAACCCCACUGGGCAACACGGGAAGCAACAUGUAAAUAUCCUUGUUCCACUU